UUUUUGCUAUCAGCCGUCUUACUUAAUAUAGAACUUGAACUUUUUUUUCUACCAGAUGUACAUUUUCAAAUAUAUUUAUUUGGACCAUUUAAGAUAUACUAAUAAUAUAUCUAUGCGAGCAAAACGAACACUGUUAAUUUUAUCCGGGAAAUUAAAGACAAUAGAUUCAAGAAAGCGGAAUUUCUUAGUGGUCAAGAUAAGCUCAAAGAUCACUUCUAACUAGCUUGAGUAGCAAGUUCGGGUUUGUUGUAGAGUAAACUUAAGCCUAGGGUUCUUGAGUAGAGAAUUGUGGACCCUUUGGUUGGCCUAGCUCCCUAUUUAUACCUUCAGGGUGUCGGUUCUUCGAUAUGGCAUGUUUCCAUCAUCUUCGGAGGAGAAUAUUUCCAUUGUCCGAUUUGUUACUUUUUGUGUAGAUUCGAGUUUACCUUUCAAGAUUUUCCUCUCUAGCUAGUACCUAGGUCGGUCUCCGAGGUAAUCGAGGUCGAGCUAGUCAGGCUUAGGCCUCCAAAUCAGAUUCGCUAUUGGACCAAGUAGUUCAAAAUACUGAAUGGUUUAUUCUUGUUUAAAAUCAGGUUAAGUACUGGAUAGAGCUAAUUAAAUCACUCUCCUACAAUAUCCAAUGCGCUAUAUAGUAAUGUAUAAGAUCAUAGUUUAUAUAUAUAACAAUAACAUAUAGGUGAUAUCACGUACUUUAUAAACAUUUUACCUAACAUGAAUAAAUCUGCACGAAACUUUAUUUGAUUCAUUAGAUGUUUUCGUAAAAAAUAGUUAUUUAGGAAAAGUUUCGUGACCCCAAAACUAAACGAAAUCAUUCAUGUUCAAAUGAUAUGAAGUUAGCUUGUUACUACAUCACUAUAGCACAAUCUUGUGGUCCAAAUCUAACAAGGACGUUUGCGGUUUGCAUGAAUAUAAUAAAUUCAUAUAAACUGGUAUUUCUGUAAUCAUUUCUAUUGGAAUAAAACGUAACACAAUCAAUGUCAAAUUUUUAACAAAGGAUGGAGAAAGUAUCAUUCAAAGAAAGGAGCAGUGUAGCCAAAGUGAUGGGGACGAUACUGUCACUAAUAGGCGCAUUUGUGGUGAUUUUCUACCACGGUCCACGUGUCUUUGUCGCAUCUUCUCCACCAUAUCUAAACUUCCGUCAGCUUUCUCCACCGUUGUCAUCGUCAAAGUCUGAUUGGCUCAUCGGAGGAGCUAUUCUUACCAUACAAGGCAUCUUCGUUUCUGUUUCUUUUAUUCUCCAGACACAUAUAAUGAGAGAAUAUCCUGAAGCAUUCACAGUCUCCAUUCUCUACAUUCUAUGUAUUUCAAUCGUGACCUCAAUGAUUGGACUAGUAGUCGAAAAGAACAACCCAAGCAUUUGGAUCAUUCAUUUCGAUAUUACAUUGUUUACAAUUGUUACUACGGGAAUAAUAACUUCAGUAUACUAUGUGAUUCAUUCAUGGGCAAUACGUCACAAAAGACCUCUAUACUUAGCGAUAUUUAAGCCUCUGUCUAUUUUGAUAGCAGUGGUUAUGGGGACCAUUUUUCUCAACGAUUCUCUCUAUCUCGGAUGUUUGAUUGGAGGAAUUUUGAUAACAUUAGGCUUUUAUGUUGUGAUGUGGGGCAAAGCAAACGAAGAGAAGAACAAGUUGUUAUCAUUUUCAGGAAAAGAGAAAACCCCUCUUCUAUUGAGCGGCAAAAACGACCAAAUUUAAAUGAAAAAAAAUUUAUAAUCAAAGGAGUUACAAACUCUGAAAUAGUCUCUUAUAUACAUAGCGUGCAAACUAUUAGUGUAUACUGUGUAUUGCUUUGUAUAUAACUUAGAAAAUGACUAUCUAAUUGUUUUUUAAGUUACGGGUACGUAACGACUAUCUAAAUUCGUUAGAUCACGACAUCUAACGAAUUUUGGUCGAUUUUAAGUAGUAUCGAUUUAAAGAUUUGUAAGUUAAUUAAGCAGCCAAAUAGAG